CACUCUUGCCGGUCGUCCCUUUUCGAUGAACUGGGAACUGCGGAAGGAGCGCGCAAAACGUCAUUUCCGGGGAACCGGAGCGACGCCUUGUGGGCUGCAACAUGGAGGCGACCAGUGGAAAUGAUGAGGUGGUUUCCGGGGAACUGUCGUCUCUGGCGCACGAUGUUUCUCUCCCAGCCGAGUCGUACGGCAACGAUCCUGAUAUUGAGAUGGCUUGGGCCAUGAGAGCAAUGCAGCAUGCUGAAGUCUACUACAAACUGAUUUCAUCAGUUGACCCACAGUUCCUGAAACUCACCAAAGUGGAUGACCAAAUCUAUUCUGAGUUUCGGGAAAAUUUUAAGAAGCUCAGGAUAGAUGUAUUGGACCCAGAAGAGCUCAAAUCAGAAGCAGCUAAAGAGCACCCAGGAUACAAUUUUUUGCCAUUGAAAUUGCUCGGAACCGGGAAGGUUAUAACAAAGCAGUUUACACUAGUGUUCAGGACAAAGAAGAAGAGAAAGGAGCCAACAAUAGAGGAGACAGAGGAGCCAACAGUGGAGGAGAAGAGAAAGGAGCCAACAGAGAAGGAGAAAAGGAGAAAAUCAACAAAGGAGGAGAAAAAGAGAAAGAAGCCUACAAAGAAAUCAACAAAAGUGGUGAAACAGCUAUGUAAGGUAGACAGGGAACAGCACUCUAGAAGCUGUGAUUCAUCUGAGCCUACAAGUACCAUGAUGCUACUUGCACAGGCCCCUAUGGUCAAAUGUAUCUCCUUGUUCACUGGAAGGACAUGCAGAAGGACAUCUUUCUGGCCUAAUCAUCAGGAGCUGCAGUGGUUGUUCUCUUGUAUGAACUGGCUUUAACACUGUUAGUGGGGUCUUAGUUGAUGGUUUCUUGCUUCUCACCACCAGUCAAGUAAGAAAUUUUGUAAAUAAAUUUCUUUUGGUUCUUCUGA